AUGUCGAAUUUGUCAAAGUUUGAAUUUGUGGCACUUGACAUUUAUGGAAAGAAUUAUUUGUCAUGGGUACUUGAUGCUGAAAUUCACCUUACCGCUAAGGGUCUUGAUGAUAGUAUAAUCGAAGGAAAUACGACAUCAAGUCAGGAUAAAGUGAAAGCUAUGAUUUUCCUUCGUCAUCAUCUUGAUGAAAGACUGAAGGUUGGAUAUCUAAUAGUGAAAGUUACACUUGAAUUGUGGAUAGGUUUGGAAGGGAGGUAUGACCACCUCAAGGCAACGUAUAAUGACCUUUUCAUGAAAAAUCAUGAAGCCCAUCCCGCUGGAAGUGCUCCAUUACUGGAGGCACAAACGUAUAAUGACCUUUUCAUGAAAAAUCAUGAAGCCCAUCCCGCUGGAAGUGCUCCAUUACUGGAGGCACAAACGGUAGAGUCACAUUUGAUUCUCAAAGAUGAUGUUCAGGAUGGAUGUUCUCAAAAAUAUGAUGAGAAUGUUGAGGCAAACUUAGCAUCGAAAGAUGAUACUUUUGAUGGGCUCGAUGAUAUUACUCAUCUGGAAGCUGAGGACUUCUUUGGGGAUCACAAUUGA